UGUGAUUACAUUGUAAGUGAAAAAAAUAUUGUGUGCUACAAGUUAUAAAUAGUUUCGUAAUUAGUUUUUCGUUAAUUUUUGUGGCAAUAACGAAAUAGCCAGCGUAUUAAAGAUUAAAGGUAAACGAUUAUCAAAACAAUAACAACGAAUCAGACAACAAUAACAACAAGCCAAAAACCAAUGGCGUUAAGUGUAAUUCGAUAGUUAAUACAUUUUCACACAUACACACACGCACAUACAUACAUACAUACAUCUACUCAUAGAUAUAAAUCGGUUAAACAAAUGUGUUACAUUGUUAAAAAGUUAACGCCGUAAUUUGAUUUUUGCUUAGAUAAUCAAAUUUUUAUGCGAUGAAGUGAAAUUAUUAUGGCGGUUGGGUAGUUGCACUUCGUAUUGGCAGUGGAAUUUCAAGGAUGUACCCAUGCCAUGGGCAUGGCAUGACGCAAAGCGACCUGCGAAACGAUUAUUUUAACAAACUAUCUGCAUACAUAUUGUAAAACUACUAAUUCUCGAACGAAAUCUAUUCUAUAUUUAUAAAAAAAUAUAAUUAUUUGAAAUAAAAAUACUUAAACCAACGACAUUUAAGCCUUUUGAUAAAAAAUUAAUUUUACAACUAAUCUAUAUAAGAUUGAUCAAAGUAUAUUAGAAGAUGACUAUAGUUUUUUAAAGAGCAUAUAAAUUAUUUUCGAAUACAUAACUUCGAUAAAGCUACACAGUACCAAAAUGUUGAAACUACGUCAGCGUAGUUGCUUACUUUUGACAACACUGUUGGUCUUAACACCAUGUAUUUUGAUUGUUAUGAUGAUGGGUCCAGAGUUAUCCACCGAGCAAUCAUUGACGCAACGCUUAGCAGAAAGUCAUAUGCGUAUACAAUAUCUCGAAUCAAUGUAUCGUGCUCGCCAGGAAGAUGUUGCAAUACUCUCGCAGUAUCUGAGCGCACUGCAAAAUGGCUCAGUAAUAAGUCAAAUGCCUACAACGCCACCACUGUAUGUACCUACGUCGACUUCUUCACUUACGUUGGCAUCUGCUGCAGCUGGUGGUCCUGCUGCUAGCUUAUUAGAAUCUUUGAGUCCUGAAGCUCGCCAAGCUUUGAAAAAUGCAUCACAUGCUCAUUCUGCACAACGUUACUCCACAACUACAGCUGUGCGUCUGCCUACUGCUUAUCAUUUUCUGCCCCAUUUACUAGAUGAUUCCGCAUCUUUACGACCUGCAUAUUUAUAUAGUAAGGGUCGCGCUGAUGUUAGUAUUGUUUUGGGUAUACCAACGGUUAAACGAGAGAAGCAAUCCUACUUACUUGGCACAUUACAAAAUUUAAUAGAAAAUAUGAAUGAAGAAGAGCAAAAUGAAACGCUUAUCAUAGUUUUCAUUGGGGAAAUGGAUCAGAGUACGGUUCAGUUUAUUGCUAAACAAAUAGUUACUACUUUCGAAGCUUACGUCGAUAGUGGACUAAUUGAUGUUAUUGCACCAGCUUCUUCGUAUUAUCCUGACUUUAACAGAUUGCGUAUAACACUGAAUGAUUCUUUAGAACGGGUUAAAUGGAGGAGUAAACAAAAUUUGGAUUUUGCGUACUUAAUGGCCUAUGCACAAUCUAAAGGCACAUUUUAUGUUCAGCUGGAAGAUGAUAUUUUGGCUAAGCACAAUUUCAUAACAGCGAUGAAAAAGUUUGCCAUCACAAAAAGUGCUCUAACUAAACCGGAUCAUCCACCUUGGUUUAUUUUAGACUUUUGCCAAUUAGGUUUUAUUGGGAAAAUGUUUAAAUCAGCUGAGUUGCCAUAUCUUAUAACAUUUUUCCAAAUGUUUUAUAACGACAAACCGGUCGAUUGGUUGCUUGGUAGUUUUAUAGAAUCAAAAGUAUGUCGUACCGAUAAAGAUCAGAAGCAUUGCAAUCAGGAAAGAGCAAAAUAUUGGUUACACUAUCGACCAUCAUUAUUUCAGCAUAUUGGCACAAGUUCAUCACUAAAGGGUAAAGUCCAAAAACUUAAAGAUAAACAGUUUGGAUGGAAAGUUCCCACAUUCUUUGCACAUCCACACAAUCCACCAGCUACAGUUAAGUCUAACAUUGCUCCAUAUAAAAAUUAUUUACUUAAACGUGCGUAUCGUGGCGAAACGUACUUUUGGGGUUUAUUACCUCAACCGGGUGACAUCGUGCAAUUUAUAUUUGAAAAACCAACACAAAUUCGUCGUUAUUACUUUCGCAGCGGUAAUUCGGAACAUCCUUCAGAUCGUUUCUACAACACAACAAUUGAAGUAUUACCCGCCGAUACUUUAAGUGAAAACGCAUCCGUUUGGAGCACGUACAAUUCCACAAAUGAUGGUUACUUGAUUGUGGGAGCAUUUGAUGCAAUUGGCGUUGCGGAGGGUGCCUUAGAUACAAAGAUUGGCGCAAUUAAAGAAAUACGUUUACAUGUCCACGGUGAUAGUGAAAACUGGGUGCUCUUAAGUGAGAUUGAUCUACAAACUGCGGGUGUGGCUAAUGCUGAGGCUGAAAAUAAAAAUAAAAUUGCUACAGUCGGAAGCUGAUUGUUACAUCGUCCGCGUAAAGCAAAGAAUUAAUUUCGAAAAACUGAUGUGCGAAAGCUCAUCACUUUCGAACAGAAAAAAGGAUCUGAGAAAUAUGAAUAAAUAAAAUAUCGCUUGAAGUUAAUGUAUUUUGCACAACU